AUGGCUACUCCCGCAAUGUCUCCGACUGCUACGCAACCUAGUCAAGGACGCCCUUCUACGUCGCCGCGCUUGGGCAAGUCGGGAUUGAUCUCGUCGUCCAAACGCGCGGCCCCUUCAACCAUGGCUCGAUCACGUACCACACCCUCUACCAAAUCCGACACGAAGACGACCCGGCUGCCGAAACCCAGCGCGAAUACGGCGAAGACCUCCCCGAGGGUCAAGACAUCGUCCGUCCCCUCGAAGGUGCAAGCCGCCACAGCUGCGUCCAAAGCGAAGACGGCGGCGCCUCUUGUGAAGACCAAGGCGGCGCCUAUCUCUUCAGCAUCCAAGGUGCCGGCGGCACCGCGCCAUAGUAGCAUUCAAGCGUCGCCAAAGCUGGCGGCUAAAGCUCGGACUGCCUCGGUCGCUUCACCCAAAGCGAAGCCCGCUCCACGCAUCAGCAAGCUGCCUAGUUCACCGAACAAAGCACAGGCGCCAGCGCGCGCUGUAUCUGCUGCUACCCGGUCUGCCCCUGUGACACGUUCAGUGGGGAAAAGUACUGGCUCCAGCGGCGCAAAGCCCGCACCCUCGGUCGUAAAGGCCAGACCGGCCUCUACGUUUUCCGCAACCUCCAAGACGACUGUCCGCCGCGCGUCGGUUUUAUCGCGGGCCAGGACGGAGCCAGCGACCGCUGCAAGUGGCAUCAUCGCGUCACCUCCUGCGACGCCCACGGCACCUACGAAAGGGACGAGAUCUGGCCGGUCUGUGGGAUGGGCGUGA